CGCGCGCCGCGAGAGCCAUCCGCCGCCGCCGUCGCCGCUGUAGUCCGUCGGUCAAGUCGAGUCAGUCAGUCUGUUAUCGCGACCCGCCGUGUCCGACCAUAUACCGUAGCGCAAAAAAACAAGCUCGCGGAACCGACAAACAGCAGCAAACAUCGACACAAUAAUAAUAUUAUUACCGAUAAUAUAAAAUCGUUUCAGACGAUUUUUUCCACACUCACCCAACAAACACGACGUCGCGCGUCGCAUCGAACACACGUAACGAGCAGCAACAGCUCUCUCUCUCUCUCUCUUCCGGCGCCGUCGUCGUCGCGUGUAACGUUUUUUAUUACCUCGCACGGCACACGAUUGUAAAUAAUAAUAUUAUCCGUAAACCGCGGACCUAACCCCGAAAGCCCGCCGCCUCGCGGUGCAAAUCGCGACACAGUCGUCGGAUUGAUGUUCUCGCGGUGAACACACUCCGUCGCCGCGCGUUUGGGUAAGCCGACAAGUCGACGCCGACACACCUGCAGCCCGCAGUAGCAGUCCGCGAGGCCACACGCAAACACAUAGACGCCGCACGCCGUCGAGAUGCACAACAAAAAGGGCAAGCUGUGCACCAAGCUCACCAGUAGCUUCCUGCGCAAGUGGUGGGUCGUACUUGCAAUAGCCGUAGCCCUUUUGGUCGGCGGCCUUCUAGUGGUGGCGUUUUUCACGGCAGCAGUUGAGCUGGUUAUCGAUGACCAAAUCACCCUGCGGCCCGGUUCUCAGACGUUCGAGAUGUGGCGUAAACCACCUGUGCGGCCUUUAUUAAAAGUGUACGUAUACAAUGUCACCAAUGCCGAUGAGUUUUUGAAUGUAGUCGCUCCAGGUGAAGUCCGUGAGAAGCCAAUCUUGGAUGAAUUGGGUCCGUUCGUCUACGUGGAAACAUGGGAAAAAGUCAACCUCACAUUCCACGACAAUGGCACUCUGACAUACAACCAGCAAAAGGUUUAUAGGUUCGACCCUGAGCAGAGCGUUGGUUCUGAAGACGAUGUAGUUGUGGUACCAAACAUUCCGAUGUUGUCAGCCACAUCGCAGAGCAAACACGCCGCUCGAUUUUUGAGGUUGGCCAUGGCUAGUAUUAUGGACAUUCUGAAGGUGAAACCGUUCGUCGAAGUGAGCGUCGGUCAACUGCUGUGGGGUUACGAGGAUCCGUUAUUGAAACUGGCCAAGGAUGUAGUGCCCAAGGAACAGAAGUUGCCGUACGAAGAGUUUGGUCUGAUGUAUGGGCUCCAGUACAUCGUUGACCAGUAUGAUGUGAAAACACUACCCGAACUGUUAGGAUACCUGCGUCUGGACCGACUCCUGUCCGCAGACGGUCCACUGCUAGAUGGAAUUCUGUCAGCCAGUACCAACAUUAUACUUGGUGGAAGUAAGUGGUCAACCAUCAUCCAGAGGGUUCCUAUGGUUAAAGACUACAAUCAGCCAGAGCGCGGGUACCUGACGGUGCAUCCAACCAAAAUCACCAGGAUGUCACUAAUGGGACGACCGAAAAACGGAACUUCACGUGAUAAUAUGACCGUGUUCACUGGUGCCACGGAUAUCCGGCUUUUCGCCGCCCUGGACAAGUUCAACGGACGUACACAUUUGCCACAUUGGACCACCGAUUCAUGUAAUCGUAUGUCUGGCGGAAGCGAUGGUUCUCUUUUCCCUCCCAGGAUCCAACCUGAUACAGUUCUACAUGUCUUCGAUAAGGAUAUGUGUCGAAAACUACCUCUAGUAUUCAAGAAGCAAGUUGAAGGUAAGGGAGGAGUGAAAGCGUAUCGAUUCGGUCCUGACCACCGAGCGUUCGCUGAUCCGGACCACGAGCCUGAGAAUAAGUGCUAUUGCCCUUCACUGAACAGUCCCAGUGCUAAUAGUACUUCUAGUUCUAGCAGUUCUACCACAUCAAUGCCUAUGAUGUCAACAAAAACCAAUUUUCCACAGUGUGCACCUCACGGAACGUUCAACGUGAGCCUGUGUCAAUACGACUCUCCGGUGCUGCUGUCUUUCCCUCACUUUUACAUGGGUGACCCACGACUCAGAGAAGCCGUUCUUGGAAUGGACGAGCCAGACGCUGAUCGCCACGAGUUUUACAUAGAUGUGCAACCUGAAAUGGGAGUGGCCAUGCGUGCCAGAGCCCGUGUGCAAAUUAAUCUUGCUGUGAGUCAAGUAGUAGAUAUCAAACAAGUUGCCACCUUCCCAGACAUCGUGUUUCCGAUAAUAUGGUUCGAAGAGGGCAUCGACGAACUGCCCGACAACGUGAUCCAACUUCUCAAGCUGGCCACGCAGACACCGCCAGUGGCCAAAGCCGCACUGCAAUACGCGCUGUUCGCCUCAGGAGCCGUGUUGCUGCUAUUGGCCCUCGGGUGUCUGGUGCGCAACUCGCACCGUCAAGAGACCAUGUCCCUCGAAGGGACAGCGCACUACAGUCAGGACGAAAAGAAGAAGCCCAAGAAGACGAUCCCUCCAGCGCCCAUGAGCGCCACCGUGUUGUCCAACGGUAAUGGAACCGCCGCCAAGGCUAACGCCGGUUACGUGGCCGACGACGAAUAAGCUUAUAGUAAUAGUUCGAGGGACAACGGGACGGCGCUGUGCGGACUACCGCCAGACGAGAAAACCGAAAAUCCAUCGCUCAGGUGCCGCCCGUUCUGCCUUCGCUGGUUAGGUUAUAUAUAAUACGAGAUCUAUUGCGAUGUACAUAAAUUAAUAACGAGGGAUGUAAUAGAUGUGACUGGCGGUGACUCGAUGAGUUUGUCGUUAUUAUUAUUAAUUUUAUAUUAUUAUUAUUAUUAUUAUUUUAUAUAAUAUAAAUACUGAACUUUCUCUCUAUCUAUAUAUAUAUAUCAACCGACAAGUGUGUGACACGUUAAGUGGUGAAAACGAUCAUAAUCGCGCAUAUUAAAUGUUGUAUAAAAAUGUGACUUUUAUGGAUGUUUGAAAGUACCAACGAGUCAUUUCUUCUCCGCGUUGACAUAUUUCGGCUUCGACAAUGCUAAUAAUUGUUAUCUUUAUUAUUUUUAUUAUUAUGUAAUUAUCCGAACGUAUUUAUACGUGAAGUAUGUGACGUGUAUAAUACUGUCUUCUUGUACAUAGAACGACAAAAUGUAUUGUCUACAAAUUAAAGUUUUUAUUAUUAAUAUAAUAUAAUAUUAUGAUUAAUAUAUUAUUAUACAUACUUAUAUAUAUAAAUUACUUUUGUGGAAAAACGCUCAUAUUAUUAUUAUUAUUAUUUUUAUCAUUGGUUAUUAAUUAUUAUUAUUUUAUGUGUUUUUUUUUCGUUCGUUGACUCGUGUAUAUAGUUAAUAUCAUUAUAAUUAUUAAUCGGAGGAACUUAUUAUUUUAUUAGGUUUUAAAAUAUUAUAUAAUUUAUUAUCAUAAAAGUUGUGCAGUUUGUUUUCACCAUGAUCAAUUUAAGAAAUGCAAACAUGAUAUUUACACUUUCAUAAACAAAAUGUAGUAGGUUAUUAUACAAUAUAUUAUAUAAUAUAUAUAUUUAAUGAGCUAGGGUAUAGCAAAUAUGCGCUCUAAACGUAAACAUUAUGAUAUUAUGAUUUUAUUAUUGUUAAAAAAAUAUAAUAUAAAAAUAAUUUUAUUAAUUAACCACUCUUGUGGUCGAGGUUUUCGGGUUUCAUUUCUCGUCGUUUGAAGUACAAUAUGAUUACAAUUAAUAUAACAUUAAUUUGUGUACCAAUAUAUUGUUCAAAGCUCAUUUUCCCGAGUAUGUCAUAUAUAUCGCUCAAUUACAUACAUAUAAACUUAUCUUGUAUAAAAACAAUAAUAAUAAUUAUUAGGUAUUAUUAUUCGUACCUUGUGUUUAUAAAAUAAGUUUUUUUUUUAUUUUGUAAGAUUAUUUAAUAACUUUGUGUUUUGUGUAUAUUUUUACGGGGAGAUAUAAAAUUAUUGCAAAUUAAAAAUAUUAUAAAUGCCUAUAUAAUAUAAUAUACAUAAAACCGGUAAAUCAUAUUGUGUUUAAUUAUUUUUUAGUAUAGAAAAUAUAAUACACGGUGAACAUUUUAUCAA